AUGAAGGAUAGACUUUUUAGUUUUAGAAUUGUUUCUAGAAUUAUACUCUUAACCAUAAUAAUUGGGACUAUUAUGGUUAUUUAUAAUAAAUAAUAAGAGAACUUUUUAGCAAACGAAACUUCCUUUUUUAAAAAGAAUUAGCUAGAGUCAAAUGUAUUAUCUUAUACAGAGUUGAAUAAAAAGUGCAUGUAGGCUUGUUCUGAUGCUGAUGGUAUCAAUUGUGGAAAAGUAAGCAAAAAUUGCUGUAAAAAAAGAGGUUGCUUAAAUAAAAUAUUUGGAGAAUAUUGCACUGAUUAUAUAGCUAUAAUAGGAUGUACAACUCCUUCUUGA